AUGUCCUCUGAAGCAGGGUUGAGCUCAACGAUCACAGAUUGGCUCUUCAUCAACUCCUGGUGGCUCCUUCUGCCCUUCAUCAUGCUUCUCGUAGUCGCUGCCUUCAUCGUCGCCUUCGUGUUGCUCUUAUACAUGAUAUCGCCUCUUAUUAGUCCCAAACCUCUCAAACUGAACGGGGCCCACGUCGUGGUGACAGGAGGGUCCAGUGGCAUUGGGAAGUGCAUUGCAAUUGAAUGCUGCAGGCAAGGAGCGUUCAUCACGUUGGUGGCACGAGAUGAGAAUAAAUUGCUUCAAGCUAAAAAAGAAGUGGAGAAAUUUGCCAUCAAUGACAAACAGGUGGUGCUCUGCAUAUCAGUGGAUGUUUCCAGUGAUUAUGGUCAAGUGGAAAGUGUGAUAAAACAGGCUCAAGAGAAGCUGGGACCUGUUGAUAUGCUUGUGAACUGUGCUGGGACUUCUAUUUCUGCAAGGUUUGAGGAAGUAGAGGUGGAUUGUUUUAAAAAACUCAUGGAAGUGAACUACCUGGGCAGCGUCUACCCAACACGAGCUGUCAUAACCACCAUGAAGGAGCGAAGAAUGGGGCGCAUUAUGUUUGUCUCCUCCCAGGCUGGACAGAUCGGCCUGUUUGGAUACACCUCCUACUCCCCAUCCAAGUUCGCUCUGCGUGGCUUAGCAGAGUCGCUGCAGAUGGAGAUUAAACCAUACAAUAUCUAUGUGACAGUAGCCUACCCUCCAGACACUGACACUCCAGGCUUGGCUGAGGAAAAUAAGACAAAGCCUCUAGAGACAAAGCUAAUCUCUGAAACAUCAGGAGUUUGUCAACCAGACCAAGUGGCCAAGAUUGUUGUGAGAGAUGCUGUGCAGGGGAACUUCAACAGCUCUGUGGGACCUGAUGGUUACAUGCUCUCUGCCCUCACCUGUGGAAUGUCACCUGUCACCUCCAUCACAGAGGGUCUCCAGCAGAUUAUUACCAUGGGGUUAUUCCGGACCAUCGCCCUGUUUUACUUGGGGAGCUUUGAUAGCAUCGUGCGCCGCUGCAUGAUCCAGAGGGAGCAGUCAAAAGCAGCUGACAAGCGAGAGUAACAGCUGCCUUACUGUUCCUCCUCCUCCACACCCCCAUCCUGUCCCCUCCUCCAGCUGUACAAGUGCACAACCGUAGGUAGGAAAAGGCCAAAUGUUGAGUGUAUUUCUAUAUAUCAGCUGAACUGGUGAGAUGAAAGUAAGUCGCAGAUGUUUACUCUUUGCUAGUCCAGUGAUAUUUCUGUUCAGUUUUUUUCUUUUUAUCAGAACAUUCCAGUGACGUUUCGGUUUAAUGCGUCCACCUGCUCCUGAGGUGCAGGCUAAACAUCCCACAGCCUGGUUUUAUAGGUGACUCUGCCAAGCACUUACAAUCUUAAAUAUCAGCUCCCCCAUCACUGAGACUAAAAGCAACAGAUAUCCUGUCUAACCGGUUGUGCCAAAAUGGCUUGAAAUUCUCCUACUAGGGUUGAGAGGGGAAGUGGUAACUCUCUCUUUUUUCAUAUUGUUGCAUGUAUCACAAAACUUAGUCCACUUUGUCAGAGUUUGACAGUUUUCGUUACAAGUUCUUUUUUUUCUACCUUUUUGUACCACAAGUCUUUGCUGGCAAAGCCCCUUCCUCUAUGACUGAAUAACCUCUGUGUUUGUAACCUGUGACCCUCAGUGUUUUGUUAUUCUUUGUUGUGAUACAACCGUGCUCUUCAUUGAUAUCCGAGAAAGAGAGCAUGUGGUGAUUUUUUUUUGAUUUAACAAAUGCAAAAAACAAAAGAACAUUUAAAAUUUAACACACAAUGUUAAAGGAAAGAUUUUGUUUGUGUUCACUGGGACUGAGCCAACUCCCAGGAAGAGAAAAGCCAUUUGAUUUUAUUGUCUGGAAUAAUCGCACCAAAAUCAUUUUCCUCUUAUCCCAUUUGUCUCAUUAAGAAAGGUAAGCAGGUACUAUGGGUCGAAGCCAUGAAGUCAGUCAAUGGGCGGCGGGGACAGUAGCGCAUGUGAUUUAACAUUCACCUGUGCACUUGACCAAGUUCAACACACUUUAUGUCUUUCUAUGUGUGAAAGGAAGCUCUAGUCUACGUGCAGUUUUACCUGUCAUUGCAUACUAUUUGGCUACCCCAGACAAGAUCCAUGUGGGAUCCAUAAUCGAUUGGGGUGGUGUAGAACAGGGCAGGGCAAGACUUGCUGGUUCGAGUCUGGUCCAUGUAGGUCUAGGGAGGGAGGUGGAGACUUGUUUUAGACAAAAGCCAAACUAGUCUAGUAGCGACUAGCAGGUGGGUUCAACCUUGAUCUCUUUGAUUUUUGACCUGCUGUUACUGCAACUGUGUAACUCCUUAAAUAAUAUAGACUCCUUCCUGUUUUUCAUUUACUGUAUGACCUUCUUAGGUUACUGCAUAGAGAAGGAGGAAAAGUACAAUGUUCACUUUUGCAAGUCUUCCUUUGGUCCAUCAUUAAUGGGGAGAAUGUACUUUAAUAGAAAUCGUACAAAUCAGAACAUUGGAAUAUUAUUUUUAAAUACACAAAUAUUCGAAUGCCAAAAUGUGUUAAGACAAUUAAUGUAGAUGCAAUGCAUUUAUUUGAGAUUCAUUACAAUGUUGCUGCUCCGUUGAUCUUAGUUUGUAAAAGCUGUAGGGCAGUCUGGGGACCCAUUCUAAGCCUUAAGAUGCGACUACUGAUGAAGCUAAUGCUAGAGGAAUGGAGCUGUCCACGAAACAAUGUGGCUUAACCCACAUGCGGUUUACUAGUUCACUUGAUAUGAUUUUCCUGUGUAAAAUGCCAGUUGUGUUGUGUAUUUUGUCAAUUUUACGUAUUUGUACGACAAAAACUAGCCUUACUGAAAUCCAAGAUAUGAGAGUGAGAAUGGAUGACACUUGUUUGAUGAUGUUCUCAUUUGAUAUUGGUUAAAGGCAUACUGUCCUGCACUCAAGAGCUUUUCAUAAUCGUACUUUUUUUGCUUUCAGGAGUUCUUUUACCUUGAAGUAGCAACAGAUAGUGAAUAGAACAUGUAGCCCAUAUAAAAGCAUUUUUGUUUAACACCUUUGAGCUAUGCAAAUUAAGCCUGUGUUUAAACCUACCAGUUAACAUUUGGGUUUUGCAACAAUCACUAGUUUCUCCUAUUGAGUAUAGGGUUAGUGUCAUCAGACUUUAGGUAUUGAACAUGAAAGUCAUAACACGUUCGAUUGCUUCAUUCUUCUUUGCUUUUUACUUUUUUCUGCCAAAAAAACUUAACACCUUCACCUUGUGUGCCAUUGAAAGAAAAUGUGAGAAGUGGAACGUUUCUUUGUCUUAUUUUCUUACAUGAUUAAAUAAAUACCUGUGAGAGAAAAAAAAUACAAA